GUUCUUCCAUAUAUAUACAUUGUCAUAUAUGUUCUUCUUUUGAUUUGCAAGGUGUUUUGUGCCAGCGGUACCUGUUUAAACUAACCACGUGGUUGCUUCUCGAUAAAAGUUAAAGAAAUAAUGUCUGUAAUUAAAGAAAUAAUAUCGAAUUGGCAAAUAUUUGAGAAACGAGCAACCGCAGCGGAAGAAGAGAUAGUCCAUUUAAAGCAACAAAUCGAAUGGUUGUAUCAGAAUGUCAUGAAUAAUACUUCGCAGAUUGUUUCCGACGUAAGUAAGGAAGAAUUUGAAAGAUUACAACAAGAGAAUAUCAAGCUGAAGCAUAGAAUAGCAAUACUUACAAGGACUAUAGAAGCAGAAAGAAACAAAGCAUCAGCAAUGUCUAACACAUCUCAAAGCAAUGUAAUCAGUAUAAAUAAUACUCUUUGUGAAAUCUUUCGGAAGGCUAUUACUGCUGCUUAUCCUGAUGUAUUAAAUCCACCAAUAAUAGUGACUGUCAGCAGUAAUUCCAAAUUUGGAGAUUAUCAAUGUAAUAGUGCUAUGCCUUUAGCACAACAAUUGAAUAGUUCUGGUAAUAAAGUAGCUCCACGCAAUGUGGCUAACAACAUUAUGUCCAAGUUGGAAGAAUCCCCUCUUGUUGAUAAAUAUGAAGUAGCUGGUGCAGGAUAUAUAAAUAUAUAUUUAAAGCGUAAAUUUGGACAACUUGCUUUAAGCAAUUGGCUGGAGAUCGGUGACGUUCCUCCACCAUAUGUCAAGAAGAAAAGGGUAAUUGUGGAUUUUUCCAGUCCCAACAUUGCCAAGGAAAUGCAUGUAGGACACUUAAGAUCUACUAUAAUUGGGGAUAGUAUUUCAAAGCUACUAGAAUAUUUAGGACACAAUGUGUUGAGACUCAAUCACAUAGGUGACUGGGGUACACAGUUUGGUAUGUUAAUAGCCCAUCUUCAAGAUAAGUUUCCCAAUUAUUCCACUGUUGCUCCUGCAAUUCAAGAUCUUCAGGCCUUUUAUAAAGAAUCUAAAAUCAGAUUUGACUCAGAUGAAGAAUUCAAGAAACGUGCAUACGAAUGUGUCGUUAAAUUACAGACUUUUGAUCUCGAUAUAAUAAAAGCAUGGAAAAUGAUAUGUGAUGUAUCUAGACAAGAAUUUGAGAAAGUGUAUACUCGACUAGAUAUCAAAUUAAUAGAGAGAGGUGAAUCAUUUUAUCAAAAACAUAUGGAAUUAAUAGUCAAAGAGUUAGAAUCAAGAAAUUUGUUAGAAGAAGAUAACGGACGAAAGGUGAUGUGGGGAGAGAAACAUGGUGUUGGAAUACCUUUAACUAUAGUAAAAUCUGAUGGCGGUUUUACAUAUGAUACAUCAGACAUGGCUGCUAUUAAACAACGUAUUGAAGAGGAAAGGGCAGAUUGGUUGAUAUAUGUGACAGAUGCUGGCCAGUCUUUGCAUUUUCAAAUGUUAGAAAGUUGUGCUAAAAAGGCAGGUAUCUUAAAGAGUUUCCAUAGAAUGAAUCAUGUUGGUUUCGGCGUUGUCUUAGGGGAAGAUAAGAAGAAAUUUAAAACACGAUCUGGUGAUACUGUAAAACUUAUCGAGCUAUUAGACGAAGGUUUGAAGAGAACACUGCAAAAGUUGAAAGAGAAAGAACGCGAUAAAAUAUUAUCGAAAGAAGAACUGAAAACGGCUCAAGAAUCCGUGACAUAUGGCUGCAUAAAAUAUGCCGAUUUGUUGCACAACAGAAAUCAUGAAUAUGUAUUUUCAUUCGACAAAAUGCUAGAAGAUAAAGGCAAUACAGCUGUAUAUUUAUUGUAUGCUCUAACUCGAAUUCGUUCUAUUGCUAGAACAGCGAAAGUCACGCAAGACGAAUUGCGGAAACACGCGCAUGAUACUCCAAUCUCAUUGGAGCACGAAAAAGAAUGGAAACUAGCCAAAGUGUUGUUAAAGUUUCCUGAUAUAGUUCUUGACAUUAGUGAACAUAUGUAUUUGCAUCCGUUAUGCGAAUUUUGUUAUGAGAUUUCAUGCGCAUUUACAGAAUUUUAUGAUAAAUGCUAUUGUGUGGAAAAGAAUCAAGCUGGAGAAAUUGUAAAAGUACAUAUAGGACGUCUUUUACUCACAGAAGCUACCGCUAUUGUUUUGGAGAAAUGCUUUGUUUUGUUAGGUUUAAAACCUGUUGCACGAAUGUAAAAAGAUGAUAGCAAAUACAAUAAGUACUUUUACUUUUUGAUUACGUAAA